AAACCUAAAUGAAUUUAUCCAUUCCUUUCAGAUUCAGGUAACAAAUCUGUAAUCAAAGAUGUUUGCAUCUGCUUGUUUCAUAUUUAUCGCUCUGUUAUGCACUACUGAAGGAGCUCCGUCUUCACUUAUUGUUGGCGGUAAGGAUGCUCCAUUCGGCAAAUAUCCGUAUCAAGUGUCAUUAAGAUUUAUUGGCAAUCACAGAUGUGGUGGAUCUAUCAUUGAUAAUCUGAAUGUGUUAACGUCAGCAAGUUGUGUCUUUGGAUUUACAAAAUAUGCUGCCAUUUGUAACGGUCCAUACUGCCACAAUCUAUUUAAACGAAAAAGGGCAUGAAUAUAAGGUAACGGGUAUUACCAUUCACUCAAGUUACAAUUCUCCAUUAAAACUUAAUGACAUCGCUUUGGUUCACCUUCAAAAUCCUAUCAUAUACAAUGCGCUAGAGCAACCGAUAAAUCUUGCGACAACCGAUAGAGAUAUC